UUGGGUUGGUUUCUUUGGGGUGAAGACUGGAUUGUGGGAUUAAAAGGGAAAUACAUGGCAUCACGCCUCAGCAAUGCACGAGUGCAGGGGUUUCUUAAAGUAUGAUUUUGCAUCACCCCUGGCAGCCUCACCUCUGGAUUCCUUUAUAGUUGCUUGCUCUGAAUUCUGAACACCGGGGGAUAAGGCUGAAGUCUCCUGGCAUAUCUGCUGGGUGGCUUCUGUGCAAUGGGAGCCGUCCGGGAGAGGGAUUUCCCAUUCUCGUUCCUGGGAAAUGUAAUUCGGGAGACUUGCUGUUUCUGAGACCCGGCUGAAAUGUUGCUGGCCUGUGACUCUAUCCACCUCUCACCCUGACAAGCCCCAUCACGCCAGCUUCUCCAUGGGUGGACCUGUAGACAUCUGAGCCUGGGGCUGCAGGCAGUCGCUGAGGAAGGGGAUGGCUCUUCACAUCCAUGAAGCCUGCCUGUUUCUAUUGCUGAUUCCUUGCAUGGUCACACCAGCGGCCUUCAACCAUGAAGACUACCCUGCGGACGAAGGGGACCAGACAUCAAACACCGAAAACAAUCUGAUCUUUGAUGAUUAUCGAGGGAAAGGUUGUGUGGAUGACAGUGGUUUUGUAUACAAAUUGGGAGAACGGUUUUUCCCCGGGCAUUCCAACUGCCCGUGUGUCUGUACUGAGGAUGGGCCUGUUUGUGACCAACCAGAAUGCCCCAAAAUACACCCAAAGUGUACUAAAGUAGAACACAAUGGAUGCUGUCCGGAAUGCAAAGAAGUGAAAAAUUUUUGUGAAUAUCAAGAGAAAAGUUACAAAAUUUUGGAAGAAUUUAAGCCCUCUCCAUGCGAAUGGUGUCGCUGUGAGCCCAGCAACGAAGUUCACUGCCUUGUAGCAGAUUGUGCCGUGCCUGAAUGUGUCAACCCGGUCUAUGAACCAGAGCAGUGUUGUCCAGUCUGCAAAAAUGGUCCAAACUGCUUUGCAGGAACGAUCAUCAUCCCGGCUGGCAUCGAAGUGAAAGUGGAUGAAUGCAACAUCUGUCACUGUCACAACGGGGACUGGUGGAAACCCGCUCAGUGCUCCAAACGAGAGUGCCAGGGCAAGCCGGCGGCGUAGGGCCAAAGCGUGGUCCGGGUCCUGGCUUCUGUGUGGCACGUGUUGGACUUCUUGCCAGCUGCAAUAGGGUCACCAGCAAAAACCUUUUAGAGUCAACAGGACUGGACAUGUGACUAGCAGGCAUGUUUGUUCUCUCUAGCCAAGAGAAGGCCUGCAGUGAUUCAUCUAACCUGCUUUGACGGUGCAGACGGACGUGUGGGUUUAGGGAAGGAACAACCCGCCAUAUGGCCUUCUCGGGUGGCUCCCCCACCCCACCCACAAAGCGGGAGCUCAUCACAUCAGUCGUCAUGAAUACCUCGUGUGUGUGUUUCUUUUUCUCGGAGCCAGGGUAUUUGGGACGUGCGAGCGAAAGGAGGGGAGCUGAGAAAGGACGCUUGGUUGAUCCAUGGGAGAGGGCGCAGAGCCAGGAGAGGAAAACACCUUCCAGAAGAAUGCGAUGGAGGUCCCAGUGGUGGGGGCCCCUGCGAGCCAUCUGUAUAGGCUAUGCUUUCUCCACCACGUGGGGACCCUACUGAGUAGAAGACACGGGCACCUUCGUCACGACGGCUGCACCCUCAACUAGCAGGCUAAAGAAUCAGGCAGUGGGGCAGAGUGAACCUCCCCAGCCUUGGGAAUGGACUGUUGAGCCUGAGAAAGCCAGUGCUUCAGGAGAGAGCCCACCCCCAGCACACAUCAGAUCCCUCUCCCCCCCCACCCCCCCACCCCGUUCCAAUCGGGUUCUUUCUUUCCUCCACUCCCUUUUUCCCCCUGUAGGUUUUGCAAGGGAGAAGGGGGCGGGGAGGGGCUGCCCUUGGCAGGUGGGGCCUUCUGCACUGCCCAGCCUCUGCUUUGCUGCUAAGCCUGCAGGGGCUGCGUAAGGGGCCGAGGCAAGUGGUCUGAGGUGGGCGGAAAAUGGACCUCCCUCCACCCCCUCUCCCGCCAGGCUCCAAGGCAUCCGAUCCCAGCCUAGAAACAGACAGACCUUAGGGGGAUAACAGCUGUAUGUAUACAAAUAGUUUGGCCCAACUAUUUUCUAUUUUCUAUUUCUGAGGGGGUGAACUUCAGUGGGAAGUUCUAUCUGACCAGCCUUGACAGCUGAAACCGCACGGCCGAGUCUGUUCCUGCUGGAGCUCAGAUGUUAUUUUCUGCCCUUUCUGGCAGUGGGGGCGUCAUGCCUGCAGCUGGCCAGCUGUUGUGUGUGGGGAGCUGAGCUCAGUGCAGCCACUGGAAUAAUCCUUUGGGAACUAAAUUAACUGAGGUCUUAACUGAGAAGUCACAGCUCCAAGCUCUCCAACAUUACUCCCUGCACCAUCAGAUAUUUUUAGGAGGCAUCUCUGCUUAGGGAUAAUCCAAGUCAUCUUCCUCAGAGAUAUCUUACGUAGAGGAGCCUUCGGUCCAAUUCUUUAAAGUUCCGAAGCAGUUCUGUCUCCUUCUGCUUCCAUGUCUUUCCCCCCAGCCACCAAACACUAUCAUGAUCUAAAGUGUGCAAUUUUAAAAUUGUUCUUCCAAUUGUAUGUGUAAGAUCCUGGGUGCAAGUCAGAUCAAGAGCAAAGAACAUACCAGAGGAGCCCGGUUUUUACCCUCUGGGAACCCGCUCUUCCUGGGUUUCUCCGUCUGCAGUAAAACCUUCCUGCCCAAGUAACUUUAUCGACCAGUGAGGCAGAAAACUCCAUUAGGAAAUUCUGUCUAAGGAAAUACAUGAGGCUACUAUUAAAAUGACCAUAGAAUAGGGGUGGGAGGGGAAAGGAUGCCAACCCCGUCACGCAAACCCCCCUCCAGACCUCCCAGGGCAGCCAAGCCAGAGAAUGCCUCCAGUGCAGGCAGCAAUAGGAACAGCUGUCACUAAUGGCCCAGAGAAGCAGUGGCUUAUCUGCACAGGGACGAGGGUACCCUCUGUCCCCAGGCACCACUAAUCUGAUCAUGGGGGGGGGGCAACAUUGGCCCCCCACGUGACCAGGAAGACAGCAAGGCAGCAGGAAGUCCUACUGCCUCGUCAACUUUGGGCGCCCUUGGCCCCACCCAUGUCGUCAUCGAUGUGAGCAGGGCCAAGGAAGCUCAAGGACACCAUCCCCCCAAGCCUCCCCCCGGCUCCCAGCUGGCAGCCGGCAGUCCCUUCUGCCCUCCCCUGUGGGGAGAGCAGAUGCAACUGCAAGGC